AUGCUGGACGCCCUCUUCUCGCUGCCAAUCAUGACUGUCCUACUCAUUCCGGCCCUGUCGUCCUAUAGCACGACUCUGAAUUUCAUCUUCUUCUACAUGACAUGGACAACCUUGGUACUGUCGCACACGCCCCUCCGCGUUGAAUUGUUCGGCACCAUCGCCGUGCGCGUGAUCUUCUGCUUCUUACCAUCGUUGCUGUUCUUCCUAUUCGAUAUCCUCACGCCCUCUGCUGCGGCGUUUAUCAAAGUUCAUGGCGAAGCUGGUCUUCCUAGUGGUGGUCGACGGGCCAGACUCCGACUGGAGACUGUCAAAGUGGCCGGAUGGUCACUGCUGAAUAUCUUCCUGAGCGUUGUGGUGCAGGCGGCCAUCGAGAAACUUCGAAUCGAUGGCAUGCGCAUGCGCAGCGCGGUGAAGGUGUCUAUCAAAUUGCCCAUGCCGUUCGAGAUCGUCAAGGGACUGCUUGCUGCUCUUUUGGUCCGCGAGGUCCUCGCAUACUUUAUCCACCGCUACCUCCUGCACUCCCGAGAUCGCCGACUCUCCUUCAUCACCAAAAUCCAUCGCUCCUGGUACCACUCCCUUCGCAUCCCCUUCCCCCUCACGGCGCACUACGACCACCCCGCCCUCUACCUCCUCGGCACGUUCCUGCCGACGUACACUCCCGCCGUGCUGUUCCGCAUCCACAUGCUCACCUACCUGUUCUACAUGGCGUUCGUCUCCCUCGAAGAGACCUUUGCCUUCUCCGGCUACUCCGUCAUGCCCGGCAAGUUCCUCCUCGGCGGUAUUGCCCGUCGCACCGAGAUCCACCUGUUCAGCGGCGCGGAGGGUAACUUCGGGCGCUUCGGUCUGAUGGAUUGGGUUUGUGGGACGCUGGUUGCGGACGACGAGGAUGAUGAGGGUGGGCAGCGCAAGGAUCUGGCGGAUAAGGUGCAGCGGGCGGUAGAUGAGAGUACGAGCCGGAAGUUCUAUGAUCGGAGCCGGUUCAAGAAGAAGGGAAAUUGA